AUACGGAGACUCACUGUUUUGAGGAUGCGUCGGACCUCCUGCAACACCUGCUGCACGUUGCUGACAGAACAGAGAACCAAGGUGCAGACAACAACGUCCAGUGACUCAUCCUUUAUCUCCUCCAUGUCCUCCCCAGAGAGCUGGAUGUCUGGGAUGAAAAACAAAUAAAGAGGAAAUAGCUGCAGGAUGAAAAAAUGGCCGCACCCCUUAUGUCACCCCCAGGACCUGACAGCUUCAAGAAAUUCACCCCGGAAUCGCUUGCUAACAUCGAGAGGCGCAUCAAAGAAGAGAAGAACAAGAAGCCACCCAAGCCCAGAUCGGACAGUAGUCACCGUGACACGUCUGACGACAAUGAACCCAAGCCCAACAGUGACCUGGAGGCUGGGAAGAGCCUGCCGUUCAUCUACGGCGAUGUUCCUCCUGGAAUGUCGGGUGUACCGCUGGAGGAUUUGGACCCAUACUAUCAGAACCUGAACAUGAAAACAUUUAUAGUCCUCAACAAAGGGAAAACAAUCUUCCGCUUCAGUGCCACGCCCUCCUUGUACAUCAUAAGCCCGUUUAAUCUACUAAGGCGAAUAGCUAUUAAGAUUUUGAUACAUGCGUUAUUCAGCAUGAUCAUCAUGUGUACGAUUUUGACCAACUGUAUAUUUAUGACAUUUAGUGACCCCCCAGAAUGGUCCAAACAAGUAGAGUAUACCUUCACAGGUAUCUAUACGUUUGAAUCACUCACAAAAAUUGUUGCCCGAGGCUUCGCUAUAGAUGGGUUUACCUUUCUCAGAGACCCAUGGAACUGGCUGGAUUUCAUGGUCAUCUCAAUGGCAUAUAUAACAGAGUUUGUGGACCUUGGGAAUGUCUCGGCGCUGAGAACGUUCAGGGUUCUCCGAGCAUUGAAAACAAUUUCUGUCAUUCCAGGCCUGAAGACCAUUGUGGGUGCUCUGAUCCAGUCUGUGAAGAAGCUGUCGGAUGUGAUGAUCCUGACCGUCUUCUGUCUCAGCGUCUUUGCUCUAAUUGGACUGCAGCUCUUUAUGGGGAACCUAAGGCAGAAGUGUGUAAUCUGGCCAAUCAACAUGACUGAGCAGUACCUGGCAAAUGGCAGCAGGGGCUUUGACUGGAAGGAAUACAUCAUGAAUGACUCUAAUUUCUACUUCCUUCCUGGUCAGCUUGAUGCUCUGCUAUGUGGAAAUAGUUCUGACUCAGGACGAUGUCCAGAGGGCUUUAUGUGUAUGAAAGCCGGAAGGAACCCCAACUAUGGUUACACCAGCUUUGACAGCUUUGGAUGGGCUUUCCUCACCCUUUUUCGUCUCAUGACCCAAGACUUCUGGGAAAAUCUCUACAUGCUGACUCUGCGAGCUGCAGGGAAAACAUACAUGAUCUUCUUUGUGCUGGUCAUCUUUGUGGGCUCUUUCUACCUGGUGAAUCUCAUCUUGGCUGUGGUGGCCAUGGCUUAUGAGGAGCAGAACCAGGCCACUAUUGAGGAGGCGGAGCAGAAAGAGGCAGAAUUCAAGGCCAUGCUGGAACAGCUUAAGAGGCAGCAGGAUGAAACACAGGCUGCCGCCAUGGCGACAUCUGCAGGCACGGUGUCAGAGGCUGCGUUAGAGGAUGAAGGUGGAGGGCACUUGUCCCGCAGCUCCUCUGAGGUGUCCAAGCUGAGCUCCAAGAGUGCCAAGGAGCGUCGCAAUCGCAAGAAGAAAUGGCGUCAGAAAGAGCAGGAGAAAGAGAAGGGAGACAGUGAGAAGGUUGUUAAGUCUGAGUCAGAUGAUGGCAGCAAGAAAAGCACCAUUCGUUUCCCAGGAAGCCGGCUGGGGAGGAAGACAUCCAUUAUGAACCAGUCACUACUCAGCAUCCCAGGUUCUCCCUUCAUGUCGCGCCACAACAGCCGCAGCAGCAUCUUCAGCUUCAAAGGCCGUUCCAAGGACAUGGGCUCAGAAAAUGAGUUCGCCGACGAUGAGCACAGUACAGUAGAGGAGAGCGAAGACCGCCGAGGCUCCCUGUUUAUCCCUUACCGCCGCAACAGCUACAGUGGCUACAGCCAAGGCUCAUCACGCAUCCACCCGCUGGCACCCCACUCUGGAGGGAAGAGGAACAGCACAGUGGACUGCAAUGGCGUGGUGUCUCUCACCGGCCCUGGGCCCGGCAGACGGCUUCUGCCUGAGACUACUGACGUGGAGAUUAAGAAGAAGCACUCUGGCUCUCUCAUGGUAUCUGUGGAUCAGCUCAACUCCUCCUUCAAAGGAAAGGACCGUGCCAACAGUCAGAUGAGCGUAGUCACCAACACACUCUUAGAGGAGUUGGAGGAGUCUCAGAGGAAGUGUCCUCCCUGUUGGUACAAGUUUGCCAACAUCUUCCUCAUCUGGGAGUGCUUUCCUUUGUGGCUGAAGAUUAAGCACAUUACCUACUUGAUUGUCAUGGAUCCAUUUGUUGACCUGGCUAUCACCAUCUGUAUUGUCCUCAACACCCUCUUCAUGGCCAUGGAGCACUACCCCAUGACUGAGGAAUUUGAAGGGGUCCUUUCUGUUGGCAACCUGGUUUUCACAGGCAUCUUUGCUGGGGAGAUGUUUGCCAAGCUGAUUGCCAUGGAUCCCUACUACUACUUCCAGGAAGGCUGGAACUGCUUUGAUGGCUUCAUUGUGACUUUGAGUUUAGUUGAGCUGGGACUGGCUGAUGUGGAAGGUCUGUCAGUGCUCAGGUCAUUCCGAUUGUUAAGAGUGUUCAAACUAGCAAAAUCGUGGCCUACCCUCAACAUGCUGAUCAAGAUCAUUGGUAACUCAGUGGGGGCUCUGGGUAAUCUGACCCUGGUGCUGGCCAUCAUCGUCUUCAUCUUUGCCGUGGUGGGCAUGCAGCUGUUUGGCAAAAACUACAAGGACUGUGUGUGUAAGAUCGCCCCGAGCUGUGAACUGCCUCGCUGGCACAUGCAUGACUUCUUCCACUCCUUCCUGAUUGUGUUCAGAGUGUUGUGUGGGGAGUGGAUUGAAACCAUGUGGGACUGCAUGGAGGUGGCAGGACAGACCAUGUGCCUCACCGUCUUCAUGAUGGUCAUGGUCAUCGGAAACCUGGUGGUGCUGAACCUGUUCCUGGCCUUGCUGCUGAGCUCAUUCAGUGCAGACAACCUCGCCGCCACAGAUGACGAUGGUGAACCCAACAACCUCCAGCUUGCAGUUGCCCGCAUUAAGAUAGGGAUUGCCUGGUUCAAGGUUAACAUGCGGAUCGUAGUAGCCACAGUGCUGAAAAAGCAGCCUAUAGAGGAUGAACAGAAGCCUCUGGAUGAAAUGUAUGAGAAGAAGCUCAACUGCAUUGCAAACCACACAGUGGACAUCAACCGUGAACUGGACUAUGCUAAAAAUGGCAAUGGCACCACCAGCGGGAUUGGGAGCAGUGUGGGAAAGUAUAUGAUUGACGAGGACUACAUGUCUUUCAUCCACAACCCCAACCUCACUGUCUGUGUUCCCAUCGCUGUUGGCGAGUCAGACUUCGAAAACCUUAACACGGAAGACUUUAGCAGUGAAUCGGAUGUGGAGAACAGUAAAGAUCUGGAUGACACCAGUUCAUCUGAGGGCAGCACAAUAGACAUCAAGCCUGAUGUGGAGGACGUUGCAGUGGUGGAGGUAGUGGAGGAGUAUGUUGACCCAGAAGCCUGCUGGACAGAUGAGUGUGUGGCCAAAUACAAGUGCUGUGAUGUUCCCAUCACUCACGGCUGGGGAAAGCACUGGUGGUUCCUGAGGAAGACCUGCUACCUGAUUGUAGAACACAACUGGUUUGAAACCCUCAUCAUCUUCAUGAUCCUGCUCAGCAGUGGAGCCCUGGCCUUUGAGGAUGUGUACAUUGAGCAGAGGAAGACAAUCCGCAUCAUUCUGGAGUAUGCUGAUCGGGUUUUCACCUAUAUCUUCAUCCUGGAGAUGUUGCUGAAAUGGGUGGCCUACGGCUUUGUCAAGUACUUCACUAAUGCCUGGUGUUGGUUAGACUUCUUCAUUGUGGAUGUGUCUAUAGUCAGCCUUAUAGCUAAUGCGUUGGGCUACUCCGAUCUAGGCCCGAUUAAAUCACUCAGGACACUGAGGGCCUUGAGACCCCUCAGGGCCCUGUCACGUUUUGAAGGGAUGAGGGUUGUGGUAAACGCCUUGGUGGGUGCAAUUCCCUCCAUCAUGAAUGUGCUGCUGGUGUGUCUCAUCUUCUGGCUCAUCUUCAGCAUCAUGGGUGUCAACCUGUUUGCUGGAAAGUAUUACUACUGUUACAAUGAGACAGCUGAGGAGAACUUCUUCCCUGAUGUCGUCAACAACAAAACAGAGUGUUUUGCACUCAUUAAUGCAAACUACACUGAAGUUAGAUGGAAAAACGUCAAGAUCAAUUUUGACAAUGUCGGUGCAGGAUACCUGGCACUUCUGCAAGUGGCAACAUUCAAAGGUUGGAUGGACAUUAUGUAUGCGGCAAUAGAUUCUCGAAAGGUGGAGGACCAGCCUAUCUACGAGGACAACUUAUACAUGUACAUCUACUUUGUCAUCUUCAUCAUCUUCGGCUCGUUCUUCACUCUAAACCUCUUCAUUGGUGUCAUCAUUGAUAACUUCAACCAACAAAAGAAAAAGUUUGGAGGUCAGGAUAUCUUCAUGACGGAGGAACAGAAGAAAUACUACAAUGCCAUGAAGAAACUAGGGUCAAAGAAGCCACAAAAACCAAUUCCCAGGCCGCAGAACCAGAUCCAGGGCAUGGUGUUUGACUUUGUGACGCAGCAGGUGUUCGACAUCUCCAUCAUGAUCCUAAUCUGCCUCAACAUGGUCACCAUGAUGGUGGAGACAGACGAUCAGACAGAGGACACCGAGGUUGUGCUUUACUGGGUCAACUUCAUCUUCAUUGUGGUCUUCACUUGCGAGUUUGUAUUGAAGCUCUUUGCGCUGCGCCACUACUACUUCACCAACGGCUGGAACAUCUUCGAUGUGGUUGUGGUCAUCCUUUCAAUUGUAGGAAUGUUUCUGGCUGACCUGAUUGAGAAGUACUUUGUGUCACCAACACUCUUCAGGGUGAUUCGUCUGGCUCGUAUCGGCAGGAUCCUGCGUCUCAUCAAGGGGGCCAAAGGAAUCAGAACUCUACUGUUUGCCCUAAUGAUGUCACUUCCUGCCUUGUUCAACAUUGGCUUACUACUUUUCCUGGUUAUGUUCAUUUUCUCCAUCUUUGGCAUGUCCAACUUUGGCUAUGUGAAACACGGGGCUGGAAUUGAUGAUAUGUACAACUUUGAGACCUUCGGCAACAGCAUGAUCAUCCUGUUUAUGAUCACCACGUCAGCUGGCUGGGACGGCCUGCUGCUGCCCAUUCUUAACUACGCUCCAGACUGCGACCCCUUACUGGAGAAUCCUGGCACCCCCGUCACAGGAGACUGUGGCAACCCUUCUGUGGGCAUCUUCUUCUUUGUUAUGUACAUCAUCAUUUCUUUCCUUAUUGUGGUCAACAUGUACAUUGCCAUCAUCUUGGAGAACUUCAGUGUGGCCACAGAGGAGAGUGCCGACCCACUCAGUGAGGAUGACUUUGAGACCUUUUAUGAGAUUUGGGAGAAGUUUGACCCUGAUGCGUGCCAGUUCAUCACCUAUGCCAAGCUUUCGGACUUCGCUGAUUCACUUGAACACCCACUCCGAGUCCCCAAGCCCAACACCAUUGAACUGAUCGCCAUGGACAUGCCUAUGGUGAGUGGUGACCGCAUCCACUGCCUGGACAUCCUUUUUGCCUUCACUAAGCGUGUGCUGGGUGACAGUGGCGAGUUGGACAUGUUGAGGCAACAAAUGGAGGAGCGUUUUGUGGCUGCCAAUCCCUCCAAGGUCUCUUACGAGCCAAUCACCACCACUCUGAGGCGCAAGCAGGAGGAUGUGUCAUCCAGAAUAAUUCAAAGGGCCUACCGUUCCUACCUGGCUAGGCGGGGUUUUGUCUGUAAGCGCAAACCAGCCAAUAACAAAGUGGAGAAUGGCGGGAACAAUCAGGAACAAGAAAAGAAGGAGGGCACUCCCUCAACUGCCUCCCUGCCCUCUUAUGACAGUGUAACCAAACCUGACAAGGAGAAACAGGAUGACAACAAUGAGGGCAAGGGAGGGAGGAAAGAGAAAGGAAGAAACCAAAAAGACAUCAGGGAAUCUAAAUGUUAGAGCGUUGGAAUAAUAAUCACAGUAAUAACAAUACAAAUUAUAAUAGUGUAACUUCAAGCAAAGCGAGAGGAAACUCACCCACACAGAUGUACAGAUUAUUUCAUUUGCAAGUCAGAAAAAAAAAUAAUACUCAAUAAUUUUGUUUACAGACUUCAUUCUUAUAUUGAUGCAGAGGGAAGCAGCUUGGUCUGUUACAGCUUGAAGACUCUUGAACUUCAGUCAAACCAAACAUAAUCAGCAUACUGUGUGACAUUGUUGUAUCUAGACUACUGAUCUUAACAAAAGGGAAUGAAAAACAGACAAGGAAAUGUCUGUGACUGCUGAAAGGCAGAUUGCUCACUUUACCACUGGUCUACAGAUAAGACAAGUAACUCUACACCAAGAGAUAGAAUAAAAAAAACACUAAAGGAAUUCAGCGCCUGGACGAAAGUAAUGGAUUGCUAUGGAAGACAGUGUUGUAAAGGAAAAACAAGGAUGCUGCUUGAUGCUGAAGAAUUGUCCUCUAAAAGCAGCCAAUGAGUGCUUCUGUGUCAUUUAAUACUGAAAUGUAUAGAGGAGAAAAAUGACCCACUCACUCUAUAAGAGCAAACCGAAGGAUGACUGGUGAAUGAAAGACACAAAUGACAGAGCGCGUUGGAAGUACUUUUCCGUUUUCUUAAAGCUAGAAAUUGUUCAUUUGAGCAGCAAAAAUGCAAACAGACAAAAAAAAAAA